AUGGCAACCCGAACACCUCCCUCAGCCCUCGAACCAUACCUGCAACUCCCUCCAGAGACAAGCCUCAUUCUCCUCACGGGAACACUAGGAUGUAACGCCAACUGGUUGACCUCCCGAAUGAUCAGCAGCACCCUCUCGCCCCCAAACAACGACGAAUCAACCGAGAAACCCAUCUCCGUCCUCCUCAUCAGCUGGCUCCGAGACCUCCCCUUCUGGAAAAACGAACUCAGACGAACCACAGGCCUCGACAUCUCCAAGCUCCCCAAAGGUCACUUCACAUUCCUCGACCUCUUUACCACCCCCCCACCAGAACCCCACCUCACCAACCUCAUCCUCUCCACAAUCACCACCCUCAAGACCACCUUCCCCGCCAGCAAAAUCCUCCUAGUCCUCGACGGCCCGGACAUACUCCUCGCGACCGGCACCCUCACCUCUCAAAAUCUCAACACUCUCCUCCUCCAGCUACGGUCGCAAGUCCACGCCACCAUUCUCUCCUGCUCCGCGGAUUUGCCACUCUUGGCCGCCGCCACUGGGUCUACAGAAUCUCGGCCGACGCCGAUAGAAGUAGAGAGCGCAGCAGUUUUGACGACGCAAGCGCACAAUGCUAGAACGGUGAUGAGUGUACGUGAGCUGGAGACGGGGGCGGCGAAGGAUGUUAGUGGGGUGUUGAGGGUGACGAAGGGUGGAGAUGCUGAGGGGUAUGAUGGUGAGAGUGAGGGCGGGGAUGGGGUGAAGGAGGCUGAACUGUUGUAUCUGGUACAGCGCGACGGGAAUGUGAAAGUCUUCAGUCGGGGGAGUGAUCAAUGA